GUUCAAACGCUGACGGGCGCCGCGCGGUGUGUGGGGGCGCUCCGCCUCACGGGCUCAGGUUUCAACAGGGAUGUCAGCGUUGCCUUUGGAGCAGGGACACACUGCACACAGGCACCGCCACGUGCGAGGGCUGCGAGAGCUUAACUGCUGCAGCAGAUGGGACUUGGAAGCCACGUCGGAGCAAAUAUUUAAAGAUCCGGUUUUAUAAAGCCACUUUUUGGCCUAUAAACCAUCCACCCCGCAGCUCCCGGUGCCGUUGCUGCAGAGUCCUCUGUUUGCUGUUCCUGCUGCUCCUCCACAGUCCUGUCUGAUGAGACAUGCUGCGUGUGCUUGGCGUGGGGCUCUUCUCCCUUCUGCCAGCCUCGGUGCUUUGUUUUAUGCAUUUCUUUAUUUGUUGAUGGGAUUUUCCUUCUCUCAGCAGAGUGGGAUGGGAAGCGACUUCUAUUGACCCGAUGGGGUUCCUGGGAUCAGGCAGACCCCAAAGCUGGCGAUGAGCCCAUCCUGGUGAAUGUUUUCCCGCUGCCUCUCACAUCUCCAUGCGGACAGUGAGGUUGGGAUCCCACGCCCCCUUUCUCCCCACGAUACAUCAGGCUCCCAGCAAUGAUCCUGAGCUGUCUGUGUGGCAUGGAGCAGUCUCUGGUUUGUGCUUCCCUUCCUGCAUAGCCUUUCAGCCUUAGGUCCCACAGAGCCAAGCACUGAUGUGCCCACUAACUCGGGUGGCUCUGCUCCUGAACAAGCAAAAGAAAAGUGAAUAGCCCCUCAGAUGGCAGCCUGGAUGAAGCAGGUUGGAUUCCUGCUCUCCUCCUCAAGGUAGUUAUUUCUCGCUUGCAUCUGCUGUGUGAGAGCAUGAUGACGAUUGGGCACUGGGACUUUUUGGGAUAGACCCAAAGUGUUCUCCCUGUACUUCCAUUUCCACUUGGUGUGAAGCCCCACUCCACCUCUCCAAGGAGACCUGCACUGCAGUGCAUUGCUGUCUCUGCAACGCUUUGAGAUCCGCAGAUACGAGUGGUUCCUGAAGCUUUGAAUAGCUUCUUGAACUCUCUCUGCAAUGGAAUUCCAAAGCCAGGGGAAAUUAUUCACAACUGUUAAGAAGAAGCCGUGUCGGUGCGUUGGUUAAACCCAGCAUUACGCCUUCUAAUUAUGUAGUGGUGGCCCAAGCUGCUGGGGCGCCUGGCGACAACGGGAUGGUUGUGCUCAGCUGGAGGGAGCGGGGCUGAGAUUUGGUGCCUGAUGAGAUCAAGGGGCCUUUGAUUUCAAUGGGCAUUGAACCAGGCACUGCCAUAUCAAACAGGCUGAUCAGAUCAUAGUGCAGCUCUUCUGGUGUAGACUCCCAUUGGUGCGCUGGGGCAGGCAGUGCAAAUUGGGCAGCCAGUGGGGUGAGCAGGCAUGCUGAACUGUCCCUAAUGAAAUGGGAUGUCCUGCAGCAGGACAGUGCAAAGCGGUUGUGUGUCUGGGGUGCCGUGUGGGUCACCUCCAGGCUGGGAUGUGUCCUCUCCUUCCUUGUUCUUGUGCAGGAGGGUGGCCGCAGGAGCUGCUGAGGGAGAGGAAUUGAUGGGGUGAUGUUGAAUCCUUAAUCUCGUGUUUCAGGGCUUCUCCAGGCGUUCUGCAAGGAAAGAUGAUUAUUUUUUUCUUUGCAGCCUUCGGUGUAGCAAUCAGGCACCUGAAAUUGUUUCUGCCGUCUUCUAAACGGGGAGAUUGGGCACAGCAAGAGGUGUGCUGUGAAGGGAGGGGUGUGCUGGUGCUCCUCAGGGAUGCUGCAGCCCCAGGAUGCUGUCUGGGGGAUCGCUGCCUCGAGCUUUCUAAUCCCAAACCCAGCUGUGUUGGCAGGAGCCCUGUUCUGCAGCGUGGGCCAUAGUCGCUUUCCCAGCAUCCCUGGGGGACGUUGCCCUGCUCCUGCAGGAACACGAGAUGUUUGCAGCAUCCUUGAUCUCUUCUGCUCUUUGCCUGGGGCUCAUUAGCACUGUGGUCCUUUUGGUUCAUUUGGGAGAGCACUCGGUGGCGAGGCGGGGACUGCUGUCACACUGGGGGUGCUCCGCUUGCCUUGUCUGCCAGUUGGGUUUUAAACCGUGAGCUCUCAUUCUGAGCUCGUUUUGCUUUGUUUCCCCGUGGUUGGGGAAAAUGGCAGCAUCUGCACAUGAUGUCUAAGCAGAGGGCACCCAGCCCGCCCCACUGCUGCGCUCUGUGGCUGCAGGAAUGUUAUCUCUGAAGUCUCCACCUAUCCCCAUAAACUUGGCUGGAAGUGGGUCAGUAGGUUUAGAAGUUCUAUGGAGAUAUGUAUCAGCCUCAUACCUUAAAAGAAGCGGAGUGAAGUCAAAUCCAAAGCAACAAUGAAAACUCGGAGAGGAACGGAGAGAAGAGGCAGUGGAUUAGCAGAUAGAGAAAUCCCCAUGGGUCCUAUUGAGUGUUUUGCCAGUGUUAAGCACUGAGUAAAAUAUAGUGCUGGAGAGAUCAGAUCGCUGGGUAUUCCCUUUGGACGGGGAGAUCCUGGGUUGAAUACCUCUUUGGUGAAUCAUCUUUUGGAGCUAUCGGUGCAGAGAUCUGGCACGGGGCUCUCGCUGUUGGAUGUGGCAUUGCUCUCAGGCUGAAACCACUUGGAGAAGGCAUGCAAAUGGUACCAUACAGCUCUCUGCUGCUAAAGCUCCGGAUGCUUGCAUAUGACAUCUGGGAUGCCCCAAGCACCCAGAGCUGGGGCUGACAGCUCAGAGGGCAACCAGAGGGUUUCUCCUGCUCUCUGCAGCAGAACAUGGGGGAGAACACCCACAAAACCUGCUUCACCAAAGCACUGCCUGAGCUUGCAAAGCCCGUCACAGGGCUCUUCCAGGACUUGAGCUGCUAGAUCCUCCUCUGUGAGCAGAUCCAUUGGUAACUGGCAGACUAGAAGAUACAGGAGAUCAAGACAAGGGGAGGAACCAAUUGCUAAGUGACCCAAACGGAAGAUGCACAUGUAGCACAGGGAGGUGCUGGGCCAACAGAGGAGAAAUCCCACAAGGAAAGACUCCAAAGGAGACAGUCCAGUUAGCUUUUUGCUUGGCUUUUUCUUUUCAUCCAUUGAAGAGAUACUUACAAAGUGGGGAGGAGACAUUGAGGGAGUGCGAGGAGAGCAUGGUGGGAGGGUGAGGGCUGUGUGUGUGACCCUCGCUGUGCUGUGCCCAUGGGUUGUGCUCCAUGCAGUCCGGCCCAGGCAGAGCUGCCUGUCAGCUGUAGUUGGACCUGGGGACAGCUUGGCUGCGUCCUUCGUUUGGGAUCGAGGAGCAAUCUGUGUGGAUAGCACGAGAGCUGCUAAUGCUGCGUCUGAAAAGCUGCAGAGUUGCUGGGAGGGGGAAUGGGUUUAAAGUUGUAUUUCCUCCAAUAAAUCAGCACAGCCUGGGCCUCCCCGCCCCCAUUGGCGCCUGUGUGCACGUGUUGGAGAGAAAACCCCAAAAAAACCUGAGGACUCUGCAUUACUGCUCUUUGCUCAGGGCUGCCCAGCCUCACACCAGGGCAAGCGUUGCUUCAACACCAAUAACGCUGUCUGCAGCAGGAAGCAGAGCAGGGCUCAUCCACGCCGGGCUGCUCUGCUACUUCUGUGCUCCGAGUACAAACAGCAAGCUGUUCCUGCGCGUGGGCUCCCAUCGCUGCCAGCAAAGCUAUUCUCAUGCAGGAGAGAAAAACGAGCUGUGCAGAAAGCAGGCAUGUCUCGUAUCGCUAAGCGUCACUCAGCAGGUCAAGCGGUACACGGUGGCACCGCUGCUCGGGGCUGGUGUGGGUUGGAUGUGGUGGAUGUGGCAAACCCAGUGCUGCCUGUGGGGUUGGCAGGGAAUUACCCCAACUGCUGUGGCUAAAUCAUAGGAUCGCAGAAUCGUUUCAGUAGGAAGGGAUCCUUAAAGGCUGUCUGGUCCAACUCCCUGCAGUGAACAGAGGCACCCACAGCUCCAGCAGGUGCUCAGAGCCCUGUCCAGCUCUGACCUCGGGUGUCUGCAGGGACAGAGCACCCAUCACCUCUCUGGGCAGUUGGUCGGAGUGGCCCUGGUGGGAUGCUGCAGUGAUGGCAGCUGGAACAAAAUGGGUCACAAAGGAUACAGUCCCUUAUGACUACCAGUGCUGAUAUUAGAAGCGAUGUCCCACUGCUGCUCUCAAGGCAUUUUCAGCCCUUCUGGCCCAGCAGUGACAGUGGCUUGGAGGACUCAGGUUGCUUUUUGGGCUUCUUUAUUCUCUAGCUUUUUCCUUGGGUGGUGUUUGAAGCUCGCUGAGGAUGCUGCGUGAGGAAGGGCAUUGUUUCAACCCUUUGCUUGCAUCUUUCAGGGGGAAAGAAACUCUUGGGACUUUCAAAAGCAACACCAUUGUUGACCUGUUGGAAAGUUUCAGCUGCGGGUGGAGGUGGCUGUGUGUCAAGCAGAGCCUGGGUGAGAGAUGAUGGAGCAGCUCAGCACCGUACCUCAAGGGCUCUGAUUUUUGGCAGAGCCAGGCUGGUGGGACGCUGAGCUGUGGGAGGGCUGGCCCGUCUCUGAGUGCUCCCUGGGUGCCGCUAUCUCCUGGCGAUCUGUGAUCCACUCAAGUGUGUCCGCCUGGAUGCCAGCCUGGCUGGGCCCUGCUCCUGGUGGCUCAUGGGGUUUGUGUGUAUCCUGCAAUCUCUGGCUCUUUUUUGGAGCUGGGAGUGAUUGUGUUCGCUCCCCAGUUCAGGAAGUCAAAGGGAGCCUGUUGGGGGAGAGGGGAGAUUUUAAGCCUUAUCUCUGGAGUGAGAGAGAAGGGCUCGGCUCCCAAGUGCCUCAGUGAAGGGGAUCCCAACCAGCUCUGCCUUGCUGGGGCAGCUCCCUCCUCUCUUUUCCCUCCCACUCAGGGGCUGCAGGCAGCUUGGUCCCCCCGUGCCCUGCCGGAUGUUGGGGAGCCAGACGGGACAGACCAGCAGCUCCCAGCCCCAAACAAUGGGGCCAUUGAGGACUGGAGCUGGGGGCUCGGCUGACUGCGGGCUGUGGAUGGAGAAGACAGCUGAGCUGUGCUUGUUCCACCCCAGCAGAGUCAGAGCCCAAAAUAGGAGCGGUGCGGCCAUUUGGAGGCUGAGCCUCUUUAUCCAGAGGUCGCAGCUUGUUUGCGCAUGGGGUUUGCAUGGAGUAUUUACGUCUAGGAGUGGGGUUGGGGGGGGAGGAAAUGAAAGAGGAGGGGUUGGCAGUUGCGCAGACUUAUUUUUGUUUGGGUUUUUUUGUUUGUUUUCUGUGCUAAAAAGGUGCAAAAGAAUUGGUAUUUUUAUCCCCCCACCUUCCCGUAGGUCCGUACGCUUCCCUGCAGACUGGGAGCCCCAGGGAGGCCAGCGCUGUGUCUCAGUGCUGGAGUGCUGAGCAGGUGGAGGGGACAAACAGUGCGCCCACUAACUGGUGGAGCUGCCAAGCUCACCACUGUACCCAUUUGCUAUCUCCCUGUGCCAUCCUGGUUCCUAAUCUCGGGCUCCUCUGUGUCCGUGGGCUGUGCCUGCAGGUAGUGUUUCCCCUUCCUCUCGUGCUGAGCCCCCUCCGAUCUGCUUUCCUGGCACAGCAGCGGGUGCUGUCUGGCUCUUGCAGACACCAAGCAUCUGCUGUGCCCAGUGCAUCCAAAAAUCGCACCUCUUUUGUAUCUGUGUGCGGAUUUAAGGGCUCAGUGUGAGGUGUCUGAAGAGGUGCUCUCGGUUGGAGCCUAUUCUGAAUGGUGCUGCCUGAACGGGGGCUGUGUCUGCGUCGGGAGAUGUGCAGAAUUAAUGCAAGGUUUGGAUCAGCUCAUUAACUGCCUAUGCCGGUCCAUAUCUUGCCCUUGGAGGUACGUGUGUUGCUUCCAGUGCCAUCAACAUAAAGACUCUCGCCAGCACAGCCGGGGAUGGGAUUUGGCCUGUUUAUAUUCACGGUGCAAAAAGAGCUGAAGGAUUAAUGACUGAUUACUUCUCGGGCCAGCGGGAGCCUCGGGUACCCAUCUCGUGUGCAGCUAAAGCGCAGGGCAGAGCAAGACAAAGCUUUGCAACAGAAUCCUCCCAAUUACCUCACUGCUCUCCCUGCGCGCUGUAAAAUGCACCGUCAGCUCUGCCAGCCAGCGCUCAGCCUGCAGCCAAACACCUCCUGCAUUGCUGCAUCCCCCUCCGCCCCGCACUGUCCCCAAUUUGGGGUGCUUUGGUGGAGCCCUGCCUUGUUCCCUACCUGCCCCUUGUGUGCGUCUCAGCAUCCUUUUGUGCCCCCCCAGCGGAGCCUGCGCGUUGGAUGCGGUUUCUAUGGUUACAGCAGCUCCUGGGCUCUGGGAAGAGCAGUUGGAUGCUGGAGCUGGCAGGACCGGCAUCUCCCUCCGGAUCAGCUAGAAACUUGACAGGGUUCGGUGUGUGGCAGAGCAGGACAAAGAGAGAAGGGGAGAGGGAAGAGUUUUUGCCCAUCAGAGCCUUCUCCUGAUGAUGGACACAAACACCAACCUCUGAGCACAGCGUGUGUAGGUGCACAAACCCAGCCCGAUGUACUCACCUGCCGUUGGGACCUUCCGUCCUCUCAUCUGCUCUGCCCCAAAUUCAGGCAGAUGAAAGCCCGACAAGAAAGGGCAGACGCGGCUUCCACUCAACAAGUCGCUGCAGCUUGGCUGUGUCCUGUUGCAAGGAAUACAGCUCCCAUUGACUCCAGCAGGACCAGAGCUGGACCAGAGGGGCCUUUGGUGCAAGAGAGGCUGCAAGAAAGGAUUCGGCUUUAUCUGUCGGAACGUGGUGAAGGCUCACACCAGCCUCUGCUCAUCGCCUGCCCUGAAUCCCUUUGGUGAAACUCGUUGGCAUCGGAGGAACUGGGUCUGGAGGAGCUCAGCCCUGCUGGUGUCGGUGUGGGGCUCGGAGGUGCGGUGGGUGGCAGAGCUCCCCAGGAGCCCCCCAGCCCCUCCUCAGCAGGAGGCAGGCUUCCUUUCUCUGCUCUGCGCACUGUCCAAUCCCAAGGCUGUUCCUGUGGGUCAGCAUUGCCCAUGAUGGGUUUGGUCUCCAUGCCGUGGUCCAACAGCCAGCCUACUCCGAGCGUGCUGCUGCUGGAGCUGUGUCUUUUUUUCUCCAUCAUGUUCUUGAAGAAGUGGGAGCUCUGUGGAGCAGUGAUGAUGAAUGCUGUUCUGCUGGGAUCUGUCCUCUUCACUUCCUCAAACACAAGCAAAUAAGAAGUGAUUGUAAUGCUAGCUGCUGUCUCCAGAUCAAAAGAUGGGAAUGCAGCAGCUCAGUAACACUCGGGUUUGGGAGAAGGAGGCCCCGAAAAUGCACCCAGAGGCCCUGGCUUGGAAAACUGACCUUUGCUGAAAGCAGCUAAUCACGUGCAAGUCUUAAGCAUGUCCUUCAGUUUCAUUGAAGAAAAUAGACUUGAAGUGCGUGCUUGAAUCUAAGUGCAUGGUGAAGUGUGUUCCUGGGCCUCAGAUAGGGUAAUGAUGGCUGCAUAGAUGAUGGCCAGAUACAUCAGGAGAUAGGGCUGCAACACAGCCAUGAGCUCACUGCUGUCUCACACAAGGCUGCUUCAGGUCUGGCAGCCCAAGGGACAGAGCCCUGGCUCUUGGCUGUCUUGUGAAGCCUCACUGCAUCACCCUCAUCCAGGCUCCAUCCUUCCCUUUCCCCAAGGCCACUCCUUCCAUCGCUCUGCCUGCACUAUGAAAGCGCCUGGCCCGGAUAUUUGCUGCACAUCAGCACAAACCCAACCCUUCCCUUUCUGUGCUUAGCAGGACGGAGCCAGCCCUGUGGCUGCAAUGGGGACACCCCCGGGCACCCCUGCCCCUGCCUGGGGUCGUCUUCCCCUCUGUGGCCGUGCAUCUGGCUCGCUGGGAAGCCAGAGCCCGCGCUGAGCUCAAAACGCAGCAACAGCAGCCUCUGCUUUUCCACACGUUGGUAUUUUUAGCUCUGCUGUGCAUUAGCGUGCAGGAGCUCAAACUGCGAAGCCUGGCUGAGGUUUUAUCUGUUGUGACAGCCCUUAGGGCUGUAGUCAGACACUCUCUCUCUCUCUUGCUCGCUCCCUCUCUCCUUUUUUCUUAUUCCUUUUUUUAAAGUUUGCAGCUCGGAUCUGCUCCCUCUGCAUGGAUACGCUGUGCAGCUGUCAAGACAAGAGACCAAAGGUGGCAGAUAGGGUCCAAAGUGUGGUCUGAGCCCCUUUGCGAGGAAGCUCUGUUGAGGUCCUUUCUGUAUUUUUCCAUUCCUCCUUGCUGCCGAUGUCAGGGCUGAAGCACUCUGAGCUGAUGUUGCAGGAUGAGGUGCUGGCUCACUCUGACUGCCCUGACCCAAAGGGUCUCCAAAAAGCUGUGCUGAUUGACAGCCACACUGCUACUGGGAGCAGAAAUUGGGGAGCAGGGGGCAGGGGCCAGCAUGUGCCAGGGUUCAGAGGACAGCAUGCAGACCCAGGGUGGUGGCUGCUGCUGCUUUGUCCAAAUCCCUUAUGUCUAUACCAGCACUGUAAAGCACAGAUGUGGCCCCUUCUGGGGCUCCAGGAACCCAGAAAUCAAACUACCCUUCAAGACCCAGGGCUCAGCAUCCUGCGUGCCUCAGGGGACCCCACCCUGGGCAGUUCUGUGCCUAAACAGAAGUCACCUGAAAAUCUGGUGCCCCAGAGCUUGUCCAAGGUCAGGGAGGAAGCUGGUGAGGAGCCAGGAAUCGGGUCUUCCUUCCCAUCCCACCUGCCCAGCCUUCUGCUCCAGCCCUCUGCACACACCCAUCCCAUGCCAUUCCUCCCUGUCCGUCCAUAAUUUGGUUGUUUGCUGCUCUUUAUGCUCUGGAGUGCAGAUAGUUGGUGUACAUCUAUGUCAUAUUUUCUCAAAAAUCUAUUAAAUUAUCUUCAUUGCUCCCAGGACGUAAAGGGAAAUAGCGGCUGAAGGAUGCUUUCUGUAUGAGUAUGAAAUAUCGUCUAAUUAGCAGGCAGGGAUGGCCACAGGAUGAGCGGAGAGGGGUGUGCAAGUUCCUGUAGGUCUGUCCACGAUGUGAUUUUUCUGGGGUCACAUCAUGUAGAAGCACAGCAAGUUCAGCACGUGGCAGCUCCCUGUCCUUGGCUGGAGACUGAAGGGCUGCAGCUGUUGGUUGGGGUGCCGCAGGUAUGGGGGGCUGAAGAGUGAUGGUUUUGUCAUCCCAUUACCUGGGUGUAAACCCAAAGGGGAGCCUGGGAGGUCCCCCAGGUCCUCCUAUUUCAUUUGCAUUGAUGAGGAGUAGAAGCACGUCCCAAAGUUUAUCCAGGAAGGCUGCAUCUCGGGCAGCUUUUCUAAUUAUCCAUCCCCCCACUGUGUUUGUUCUGUUCUCCCCAACAAUUCCUCCUUUUUGCUGGCAGCAGCCAAUGCCGUGAGCCACGGAGAGCAGCUUCACAGCGCUCCCGCUCAACCUGCAGCAGGGAUCUCUGAAAAUAGCUGGCGUGUUUGCCCUUUUGCAGAGAAGCACCCGGGGAUGAGGGUUUUGCAACUCAGCUUGCGGUGUGGAGCAGGGUGUGGGGGGUUUUGCUACGGCUGCAUUUUUAUCGAUGCGGGUUGUUUGCACAGCGUGAGAGUCCCUGGUAGCAGCCAGAGCACGGCAGGUACCUCUGCAGCGAGCUUCAGAAUCCCAUGGCCACAUCCAAGCAGCCCCACAGCAGCUCUGCGGGGUCGUGCUGCUCACCUCCUCCUUUCCCCCACAUCUUCAUGGGGGAAACCCCGCUUCUGGCUGCGGGGGAUGGACGUGAAGACCCCAGCGUGAAGCUGCCCUCCUUGCAGGGGAUUUGACACCUGAAUAGCUGGGUGAUGUCUAGGAGGAAUUAAACAGCGCUGAUUUUUAUCUCAGAUGUCAAUCUGGAAGAUUAAGGACUUUUUCUUGAGGGAUAGAGGAUGGUGGUAUUUUAGGGGCAUAUAAACUUUCAAAAUACCCUGUGGCAUCUAUGUUAAUGCAUCUUCCUGCAUUAUUAAAAUUCCUUACAGACUUCCAAACAACUCGCAAUUUGGGCUCUAAAAUGCUGGUACAGGCAGAUCUGCGUGGGGGCAAAGCUCAGUGACUCCGUGCACUCGGUGCUAUAAAGCAGACGCUCUCCCCUGCCUUCUUACAGCCUUACACGCUGCAGGCAGUUCUCUGCUCACACCCGAACCCACCCGCUUCUCGCUCAUCCCACUCCUUUGACUCCCUGCUCUGGAGCUGUCUCGGGCUCUCGGCACGUCCGAUGCCUCGGCUGCCAGGAGUUUGCUCUCCAACUGCUUCCCGGCCCCCUCGUGCAUGUGGGCAUGGAGUGGGGCGGGGGGGUUUUGGUGCUGCGAGAGCGGGGAAGGAUGAACAGCAGGAGAGUCUUCAGGGAAGGGAUGGGGGAAGCAAGAAGGGGGGAGCAGAAGUGAGAACAGGGAGGAGGAGGGAGAAAGGAUGCCGCCUUGUCUGUUCUCAGAUUUUAUAUUGGUUGAAUCGCACUGGGUUAGUUAAAACUGGUGCAGAGCUGCCUUCCCCUCCCCUUUCCUCCAGGCAGGCACUUGCAUUUGGGGUUGAAUGCCUUAAUUCACUUCAGCUUCAACCUGCUCCUAAUUGACUUACACCACAUUGAAAGAAGCUUGGCUUCCCAAACAAGCAAGCAAGCAGCAGCGGUUGCAAAAUUGCACCUUAAGUUAAGUCAGUGUGAUUGCGUGCAUAAAGAAACCUUGAGCCUGGUGCAGACGUGCGUGGGAAUAACUGCAAAGGGUUUGUGCUGCGCAGUCCCGGGGUCUGGGCUGCUCCUUUGGCUUGGCUUUGGGCUGAGCACGUUGGGGCUUGGGGCCAAGGAGCUUUGUGUCGAUGGGGUUCGGCUGUCAGAAGCUUUGCUGUCCCCUCUGAGUCCUCUCUGCUCCAUCCCUCUUCUCCCGCUGCAGAUGUCUGCUAUAAAAAAAGAAAAAAGCCUCCACAAACGACGCGGUAACAUUUACUGGAGGGCUGUUUCUGCUGCACAUCUGAUGCAUAUGACAGGGUCAGAUUAACCCAGCCUCUGCUUUCCAACCACAGCUAUUUGAAAGCACCAAAAACAAUGCAAAACAAACCGGAGGAACUCUGCCAUCCUGGCGAGGAGCUGGCAGGCUCUGGGGAUGUGAGAGCUGCAGGGAAUCACCCACCUGGUGCUCAGCAGGGCCAGAUGCUCGACGAGGAAGAUGAGCUCUUAGUUUGGCAGUGAAUUUGGUCUCCUUAAAGUUGGCCUUUCAAGGCACCGGUGGCUUUCCUUGGUACUUCAGGUUGGGACUUCCAAGGAGCUAAAGGAGAGCUGUGAUAUUAAGUGGAAGAAAGCAUCUAAUGCUGGGGGAUGCUCUCGAAACCCUCCUCUUCCUGGAGGAUGGCUUUUUUGUUGCUGUGGAUGGGCUGUCUGAACCGAGGUCAAGAGUCUUCCUUAUGAGCCCUCUCCUUCCAGUGUCUCUGCAUCUUCCAUGAUUAUUUUGGCCUUCCUACAUCUCUUUCUACUCUCUCUCUCUCUCUCUCUCUCUUUUUUUUCUUAAUUAUAUAAGCACUGAUUUACCCAUGGUUCUGGCUCAGCUAGUGUUUUAAUUAGACAUUUAGCCUUCUCUGGUUAUUGGUGCUGGAUAACAGGGCUGGAAGGGACCCCUGGAGGCAGAUGCACCCCUGUGACAGAGCAAGUGAAGUCUGAAUGGUGCUUUCUUAGAGGGCAGUGAGGCACAGGCACUGAUGCCCAGAGAAGUGUGGGUACCUCAUCCAUGGAGGUGCCCAAGGCCAGGCUGGAUGGGGCCCUGGGCAACCUGAGCAGGUGGGCGGCAGCCAGCCCACAGCAGGGGGAGUUGGAACUGGGUGAGCUUUAAGACCCUCUUUGCAACAGAAGGGUGCUUGAAGUCCUCGUGCUCAUGGAUGGUGAUGCUGAAGGGGCAGGGAUAUGGAGGGGAAGGGAAAGGAGUGUGGGGACCCAGAAGACUCUGCUCUGUAAUAUCCCUCUCCCCAAAAAACCCUGCUCUGUCCUUCACUGGGGUUGGGGGCCCUGCCUGUGACCCCUCAGCCCCACUGCAUGGCGAAGUUGCAGAGCAGCCCUGCAAAUCCCCACUUGGUGUGGGGAGGACUGGCCAGCAGCCUCCUAGGACAGGGGCUGGGAUGGGCACUGAACAGAAAGCUGAGGUGAGAAAAAGGGAGGGGGGGGGAAAGCCCCGAAAACCAUCUAUGGAGAGGGAAGCGGAGUUGGAGCGGAGCUGCUUGCUGAUGGAGUUGCUAUGGCGACGUGGCGUGAGGAAACAGCAUAACACAGCCCGGCGUGGGGCUGAGGCCUGCGGGGGCCUGGGACCCGCUUCUCUCCUCCUUCCUCUCUCACUGCUUUCCUUCCCUCAGAUGUGGUCUUCCUCAGCCCAGAACAGUCCCCCUCCAAGCAGUGGGAGCCAUCUCUUCUGAAGGGAAUGUGUGAAGGUUGCUCUUCCCUGCAUCCCCCACAGAUGGGGCCUGAUUGGGCCCAGGUUUUGUUAUCCGGGCAGCGUGUGCGAUGGACUGGUUCCUCUGUUGUCUCCUGACAGGUGAUACCCGGUUUUUAAGAGGAAGAAGGCUUUGUUUCAUGUGCCAGCUCUCCUUCCUUUCCAGUGAAGCGAUGCUCUGUCACCAUGGCGAGUCACUUCCCCUCCAUGAGUCAGAGGGGCUCUUGCAGGGUGCAUUGGGGCCGACCGUUGGUGCCACAUUUGCAAGGCAGGAAGAGAAACCCAUGUCACUGUGCAGGGCUGGGGACCUGCCUGUAGAGCAGUGCCACCCACCUCUGCCCUUGGUGUUAGCAAUGGCAAACAUCUUACUUUAAAGCCUCCAGGACUCCAGGUCACGGAGCCUGGAGUUUUGGUCUGAGAUUUCAUUGCCAACACUACCUUAACUUUGUCAACAAUAUGGUCGUAGUGGAAGGGAAACAUAAUCUCAACCACCAGAAAGUGCACGAUAACCACCCUGAAAUGAGUACUCUGUAGACACUCAUACUUUUAGACCACCCCCUUAACUUUGCUUAGGGCUUGGCAGCGGCAUGUGAGUGCCUGAUCCCCAGUGCUGUGGAUGGGGAGCUCUUUCUGCUUUCUCUUCACCUCUCCCCUUUCUGGCCUCUGCUGCGAAUGCCCUCGCUGUGUUGGUGUGCCUGGAGCUGUGAGCACAUACUGCUGUCCUUGUGCCUCUGUAGCUCCAUGUGCACAGAGGUGCCUGGCUUAGCCCAAGGUAUCUGCAAGCAUCCGCAUGGCAUGGGAGCAUUCAUUUUUCCCUUUCUCCUUCCUCUUCUCCAGCUGAACCCCCCCACCCCAGAACUCCCACCUUCCUGCACACCAACAGACUACCACAGUGCCUCCUGCUUCUCCCUGCCUUUAUGCCCAUACCACAUCAGGCUGUGGUCUCCACUAACUCAUGCUGAUGCUCAAUAUCCAGAUGGCGCAGUUAACAGGGCUCAGUGCAGUAAAUCUUCCUUACUCUUGCCAGUCUCGCCAUUCCUUGCUGUGGCUCUGACCAUCACCUCACCGCAGCUGAGUCAAUUGACUGCUCUGUGGGUUGCAAUCUCCUGUGUGACCCCGCUGCAGUUCACAAUAGGUACCCGGUGGCUGGGAGCAAGGAUGAAGGCUGUCACCUCCUACCUCCCAGAGGGCUUGUUAAAUAAAGGCUUAAUUUUUGCUGCUUUCCAUUUGCACUCACCAGAGCCAUGGUCAGCUGCAGAAUCUGCCCUUUCUGCUAACUCAUCUAUGUGCUUCCUGGUCUUGGGUGACUGGAGGUGGUGGGCUGUGGGAUCAAUCUGUGGCUGUCUCCUUAUGCCUCAGUUUCCCAGCCUGUGCAACAGAGCCUGGGAAGCUGCUACUUUCUCUCUUCCCCAUCCUGGAAGGUCUCUGUACAUAAGCAUUUCUCUGUGCAGUCUAAAUGUUAAGGGUGGCUUGAAUAAGAGUUCACUUAAACCAAGGAUGGACAAAUAUCUGAAGGUCAUAAACACACAGCUGAGUAAUUAUUUAGAGUGGUCCAGGAGAUGUAACGAUGGAUAAUGGGAUAAAACAAGGAGAGGAAAGUGUUGCGUAGUUAACAGGAAAUUCUCUCUGAUACCAUGCUUAGGGCUGCAGAAGGAAAACUAUAGGACCUUGAUAAAUCUGAAGGGGUGGUUUAUGGAUUGAUACAAGAUAUGAUGGCUGAGUCCCCAAGGAGGUGCAGUGAAUGGCCCAUCUCCUGAGACUCUUCAAACUCCGCUUUGCAAAGCAGAUAGACCAUGGGAAAUGGAGCACUGGGGUGGGAGAUGAGCUGUUCCACUGGCAGAUAUUGUUGGCAUGCAAUCAAAUGACUUUAAACUGCCCGUGAAUAUGCUUAGGGGGAGAACAGUGGAGCUGAGGGAGGGGAGGGAUGAUGCUCUGGGGUGGACCCAUUGGAACAGGUGAGAAAUGCAAUGGCUUUAGAGAUGGAGGAGCUCACACAUGGGGUGGAACUGGCUGCUCGCAGAUGAUGAAUGCUGCAGCCUCCACUCAGUCCUAAAUUCAUGUGCAAGGCACAUGACCUCUGGGAGGUCAGAGCCAUCCUUGUGUCCAGUCUUAUGCUACUAAUAAUAAACAGAGCUUGGAGAGCGCAGCAAUCUUCCUUGGCAAACAUGUAGACGUUCUCUGAUGCAUCUGGAGAGUUUCUUCUUACCAUAGUGGAUGAUAUAUCUUGUAAUGCUAGGGCUUACAUCUAUAUUUAGCGAAAGGAAACCUCAAAAAAAUUCUCAUUGAUUUGAGGAAUGGGCUGAGUUGCCUAUGUGGCCGUUUCUACCUGAGUGUUUGUCAUCUUGGAGUUGGCUCUGCAAGAUCACACGCACUGGGAUGGGAUCUUGUGAUGCGAUCUUCAAAAAUGGCAAGAAAAAUGAGACCGUGGUGUAGUUUCCAGGAAGCUGAGCAUCAUUGGCGAGGAUCCUCUCCCCCCGUGUGUCCCACACCAAAUGUAAGAUGGGAGGCUUCUCUCCUUGGGCUCUUUCCAGACAUACAGCUGAAAGAUGGCUUGGAAGGAGAGAUCAAGGGUUGUGAGUGCAAGGGCUGAGGCCAAGGACUGACGCAGUCUUGGUGUCACGUUCGGCUUAUCAAACUCAAGUACAUGUGAGUGAUGGAGGGAUGGAGCUGCUGACUGCCCUCUCAUCCCUGCUUGCAUGGCACGACAGGCAGACCCCUGUCUGUGGGAAGCUGCAUGUGGAGCAAGGUCACACCUCUAGCUUUCCUGUCCUGCCCACAGAGAGGGGCAUUGCCCCUGUGCUGCUGCAUGCUGGCACUUUGCUGCUUCCUGCUCCUGGCAGCAUUUUACGUGUUGCCCAGUAAUUCCUGGCUUCCUCAGUAGCAUGUGGGAUUUUAUCACAGGCUUUAGGGCAAUCCUAACAAAUUAUAUCUACUGAUUUUUUUUCCUUAUAUCCAUUGUUUUGUUGAUUCCAUCGGAGAUCUCCCGGAGCAGGCGUGCACGCUUCGCCUUUCAGAAGCCCCCCCAGUUUGUUCCUUUUCCAUCGCAGCCAUUUAAUGUCGCAAUUAAUUUUUUCUGGUAUUGAAUUAUUGUUCCGAGCAGCCCUCGAAAGGGGCAAUCAGAGGAGCGAAGCUGGCUGGGAUCCGGGUGUAGCAACUGUGGUGUCUGCUCUCAGGCACCAGGAGGGGAUGCUUUAGGUGGGAUGUUUGCAGAAGCGAUGCGUGUGUGGAGAGAGCAUCCCUGCUUAGAGGAGCUGGGAAUACCCUGGCAGGGAGAUGUCUAAAAUGAUCCCCAAAAUCCCAGAUUGCUGCCAUGAAACACGGACGCGGGAGCAUGCUCGUCCCCGCCACAGUUUAGCUGGCUGAGCACUGAGUUGCUGUGGCUUUGUCCUUGAAACCCAACGAGUGGGAGUUCGUGGCCAGGCUUGGCUGCCGCGGUACGGAGCAACAAAACCAACCUGCGAAGGGUUAAUCAUUUCCAUUGCAAUUGUGUCAUCUCUUUGGGGACCUCUCGCUCAUUUUGCAAGCAGCCGCUGAAAGCCGAGGCGCGGGGGCUUUUUCUUAUUCAGCUGCACGCAGCUUCAGAAGCACUGGACAGCCGCACAGCUGUGCUCAGCCGCCUUGGCCUUGCAGAUGGAUGGAGAAAAGGAUUUGUGUGCGUGCGUGUGCUUGCGUGUGUGUGUGUGUGUGUGUGUGUGUCUGAAACCUAAUUGUCUGCUGUCUAAUCCAUCAGCCGGGGGGACAGCUUGCACAAGCCCCUUCCAGGCAGCCUGAUAAAUGCAGCACUGCCAGGGCCCUUUGCGAUGUAGUUGGGUUUAAUUGGGAUUGCUACGUGCAUGGACUCUGUGCGCCUGCCUGUGUGAGGGAUGCUGCUCGCGGGGACGCAUGCAGCCGCUGUCCCGAGGACUGGAGCUGUGCACCCAGCCUGGCUCCUGCCAGGGUCCUGGGAGCAGCACACUGACAGCACUGAGUGGUCCCACUGCUUAUGGACUUUGCAACUCGCAUGGGUUUGGCACCUCCCGAGGUGGGGCUUGGAGACACAGCAGGCUGCUGGGAUUGUAGGGUCUGGCUUGGAGAUGUCACCUGCUGUCUCCAUUCCAUGCAAGGAAUGGUAGAGGAUGUCCCCACCGCAGAUCCGGGCAGGGCUGUGCCUCUUGUGCACGCUCCCAGCCCCAAGCACGUGGCAGCUCAGGGACUUCCCCAACCAGGCAGCAUUUUGCCUUUAAUACCCCUCCCUGGAUUCCCCAUGAAAUUUGUCUGGUUGAUUUUUUUUGUAAAUGCAGAAGCUUUAAUCGUCCCCUGAGAGCUGUGGUGAGGACUUCCACUGUUUAACCACAUAGCAUGUGAAGAGCCAUUUUCUCUUGCUCCUUUUGAAUCUGCUGCCUCUUAAUGUCAUUGGGUAUCUCCUAAUUCUUUUAUUGGGAGACGUAGUGAGCAAUCAAACUUGGUUCACCUUUUUGAGGCCAGAUGUGCCUCUCUAGCUGCUUGGUUUCCAGGCUGAGGUCCUCCUCCUACGGACUCACUGUUUGAUCAUCCUGCUCUGGACCUUUCUCCAGCUCUGCUGGUGACGUCAGGACUCUGCAGGUGGUGAGAUCCUCAUUCAUUAUAUAAUUAGGGGUGAUGUCAUGAUUACAGCAGAUGGGAUUUGCAUCAGCAUUGGUUGCUUACUGCACGUUGAUGUCAGGAGACUGUUGUGUCCUGCCCAGUCACAAGAACUUCUCUUGAAGCUGUUGAUCUUCAUUGUAGGGAGUCUAAAAUAAUAAUAUUUUGCCUAUGAGUUCCAUGGAUGAAAGGGACAGUGCCAAGAUGUUGUUUUUCAAGAAUCACCGUGCUUUGCAAGAUAUCCAUGACUCAAAUGAGCAACGUGGCUCUGUCAUUUCAUCCCCCAGGUGCGGACACCUCAGGCUGGUACCCACCAACUCCUCCAUAAUAAAUGCACAUCAGGUUUCAGGGCAGGUGAUUCAAGGGAAUCACAUUUCCAAGCAAGGGAUUAUAGGACAGCAGACGGGCUACUUGUGUGGCAAUGCAAACGGGUGCCCAAAUCUCCCCCAGGGCUGUAAUAGAACACCGCGGUGCUUCUGUACCCAAAAGCUUCAGGAAGGACAUGGCCUGGUGCUGUGGGUCUGGGAGCAGGGAUGGGGGAGUAUGACGGCGUGGUCACCCCGUACACCCCCUGUGCAUCCCUUCCCGUGGCUGCCCCAUGCCCUCUCCCUGCCCUCCUUCUUCCCCAUCCCUCCUCCUCCCUCUCCCCUCUCCAUUGCCCUCUCUGUUCUUCUCUUUCUCUCCACACCUGCUCCUCUCCUUCCCUCCCCUUUUCUCUUUCCCUCUCCUCCUCCCCUUGCCUUUCUCUCCAUCCUCUUAUCUCAUCCCCCUUGUUUUUCUCCUCGCUGCCUGUCCGGCUGAUUUACAUGCAUGCUGCGUUGAAGCAGCUCAGCUGGAUCUAAUGCCUCCUGCCGCGAGGAGCAGAGCCGGCUCCGGCCUCGGUGCGGCACUUCCCGGGCGAGGGAGGGAGUACUCUGUGCCCCCCACACCUUGGCCCGUGCUUUGGCCCCUUCCCACAUUGCCUUCUGCUCUUCAUCCUCUCCCCUUCCAGCCCAUUUAUCCAGCGCUUCACUCCUGCUUUCACCCCACUUCUCCUGCCCAAGUCCUUGAUCCAUGCGCCUGCAUCUCCUGCAGCAUCCCACGCACCCCCCCAGCCAACUUCCCCGUGAGACUGCUGCUUCUUGGGUGGGUGCAAGAGGAGGGGCCACAGAUCUGGGCUGAUUUGGGGGGGCACUGUGCUCCAGCUUGGAGACUUGACGCUGAAUGUCCCAGGUGGAGCCCAUCCUUUCCCAUUCCUUUUUUCCUCCACCCUUGUGUCCGUGUGCGGAGUAGGGAUCGAAGUGCCCACGUUAAUCGCUGGCUCUAAUCAUUCCCGUUUCCAUUUGGCUGAUUUGCAUUUCCGUGAGACGAAGAUGCCCUGAUUAAUAUCCCCUCAGAAGAGCUUUAUUGCAAUGGCUCCUGCCUCUCUAAUUGGAAAGUGGUCUUAACCUUUCAUGCAAGUGGCUGGGACGUUCCCUGCCUGCCAACACCCUGGGAAGGGUCUCGCUUGUCCUGAGCCUGCGGGCAGUGGGAGUCUCGGAGGCUCUGGCUGCACAAAAGCAGGGCAGAGCCCCUCUGUCCAAGGAGGAUGCUCAGGAGAGGAGCCCACCUCCAGACAGCAGUUGUGUCAAUGGAACCUGCAAAGGGGAUCCAGUGCUGGGAUGAUCCCAAACCAGUGAGCACCCAGCCAGCCGUGAGCGAGCAGCUUGGUGCUUCUGAGCUCACAUCUGUGUGCUCAUUAACAACCCAUGGAGGAGUGUGUUCCUGUGAUGUCGGCAGCGCCGUUCCCAUUCAGUGUGCAGCACGGAGGCAGGAUCCGACCCCACAGCUGGGAUCCUGCAGCUCGCGCUCCCCGGGGAGUCCCAGGCCCACCACUAACCAGCUUGAAAGCCUGCCUCGCACUUAGCUGCUUUCUGAUCUUCAAAGGCUCUGGAUGCCCAAGGAAAUCAGACCUCGUGGCUUUUCUUCCAGUGCAGUCCCCAGAUCCGGACUCUCAUGCAAUUCAUUAUCCUGCCCUGUGCAGGGGGAGCGGGCGCUGCUCUGUGGCUCUUCCUUGGGUGCCAGUCACGGUGCAGAGCAGCUCUCCUUGCUCACCACCCUGAUGUGCUGAAGGCAAAGUGUCCGGAUGAGCACAGCCAACUUUGUCCCUCCCUGCUGACUUCCCAGCACUGUGCAGAGCUGCUUUGUUAAGACCCCAACCUGCCUCCCAGAUGCUUUUACCUCCCCUACUCCCUUUUACGUCCUUUAUCCUCUCCUUCUGAGGCUACGGAAGUGAUUUAUUACUAUUAUUUAUUUUUAAUUUUGGUAUUUAAGCUGGCUUAGUGGCUGCAGCAAUGAGUGUUCCUGAUAAACAGCCUGGGAGAUGCAGGAAAUAAUCUCUGCUCGGUGACGGCAGAGGCACCUAUUGCAACUGCUGGCAGCACACAAAGAGCUGCCCUCAUCUCUGCAUGCUCCACAGCCUGGGGAGGGGAAAGAUUGCCUCUGUCCUUAAUCACCGAAUCUGAAAUCCCAGCACCUGCUAUUCCUCAGAUUUUCGGGGCUGGUUUUGGCCUCUAAGGGAAAGGGCAAUCAUUCCCAUCCCCACCCAACCCUUUGCGUACUCCCAUCUGUGGGGCCAUGGGAUGAUCUGAGGCCAAGGAGGUACUUUUUUAAUGGUGAAUGAUUUGAUGAGUAGUCUGUCCCAAACCUGAAUGUGCAUCAGCUGCUUCCCCUUUGCUGUGGGGGGAGCUCUGUGCAGGGCUUUGCCGUGUGGGUAGGGGAGAAAUAGGCAGCUCUUGGGUGGGGAACAGGUGCUGCAGAAAGGAUCUAUAAGGGGCUGGUGAGCAGCAGCUCAUCUCCCUUCACCAGGGACACGUAUGUAGAAUAGAUAUACUGAGAUCGGAAUCUUUUCCAACCCACCCCUCCAUGCCCACUGACACAUCCCUCAGUGCCACAUCUCCGUGGGUCUGGGACACCUCCAGGGAUGGUGACUCCACCUCUCCCUGGGCAGCUGUGCCACUGCAGCACCGCUCCUUCUGAGAAGAAAUGUUUCCUAAUAUCCAACCUGAACCUCCCCUGGCACAGCUGAAGGCCGUUACCUCUUGUCCUAUCGCUAUGCUGUUGGCACAGGCUGUGCCCUGAAGGUUUGUGUAGCACUGUCCUGAGCGGUGUGUGCGUUGGGCAGCUCCCCAAAAGGUGUCAGGGAAAUACAGUAAGAAGUGCAGAUGGAAGGAUGUAGGAACACGGGGAAGAGCCACAGAUUCUUUGCUGUUACCUCAAAUACACAUCAAUGAGAAAAACAUUCACCUUGUCCCCCUGAUCUAGACCAGGUCAAGUAGAGAAGCUGGGUUUGUGCUAUAGGAAGAAUCAGUGAGGUUCAGCAGCCCUUACACAGCUGGUAGAGGCUGAGGCUGGACUUGCUGCAGACUCCAAAGGGAGUGAUGGCAGAAAAUCGAAAUCCCAGGCAGUGACUUCCCCACCGUGGGAUGCUGAUGGGAACGGCACCGCCUGAAGCAAAGCUGCCGUGCUCCAGCCCUGCCCCGGGCCCUGCAGCUCACAGAAACUUUCCACUGAGUUCAGAGCAUCUGUAGAACUCCUGCUCUGGGUCGGAGGGAGGAGAGGGGCUGCAGCUUCAGCCAGGUCUGCUCUCGAGCAGAGUGUGUUUAACAUAAAACACCUCCUGUUUCUGAGCAGAAACGCUCAGGCACCGACUACCAACGUGAGCAGCAUUGCUCAGGCAAAUGGUGUUUACACCCCGAAGCCUUCAGACUUUCUAGAUUUCACCUGCUUCUCUGCAGAAACCCCUUGAGAAAACGCUUACCAAACAAGGCAACGCUGGGCCGGAUAAAUUGCCUGGAACAAAUGAGCUGGAAUUCAUACGAGCCCAUUCCUCAUGUAAGAUAGGUGUCACUCCGGCAGUACCUGGGGGAAGCGCCCGCCUCGCAGAGCACGACCCGGCUCCGUCCGCAGCUGCUGUCCCUGCUUGGGGCACAACGCCAUGGCAGCAAACAUGCGGCGCUGUCUCUUCUCAGCGCUAAAGCAACACUUUGAGAACUGAGAAGGGCACGGUCUGAGCCUCCCCUCAACCCCACACCUCCCAACGCUGCCGUAAAAUCUGUGCUGAAAAAGGACCAGCAAAUACCAGGUUUGCCACGCGGAUGCACUGACGGGGUUGGGGCACUUGUGGCAGGGACAGCCCAGAGUGACAGCCCCGGGUGCUCCCAGCAAGGGCAGGAGUGCAAAACCCCGCAGUAAAUGGAAGGAGAAGGCGUUGCUUUGCUGCUGAGAGAGAAUUUAGGUGGCAGGGAUGAAACAGAGAAGCGCUGUGCAGGGAGCGGUGCUGGGGCUGGAGGGCCGUGGGAGGGAGGUAACAGGAUGGCCCCGGGUACCGCUUCCUCCUGGCGCCCCUCCAGCCGUCCCCGUCACCCCCCAGUCACAUCCUGCUUGCGCUGGCUCCUGCCUCAUCCUGCUGCCUGCAGUUUCUCAACCCCUUUCCCUCCUGCCAGCACUUUCUGGCUGCUGGGGUUGCUGCGGGGCAGCGGGGCCGGAGGCAGCUCUUGGAGCACCGGGAGAUUUAGGAUCGACAUGCUCCAUCCUCUCCUGUUUGAAAGCAGAACUGCCAUUUAAGGGAGGGUUUGGAGAGGAGACAUCUUCCUCUUUCCAAAUCCUUCUUGCCGGCGUAGCCCCCCAUCCCACAGACCCUGCAGCAUGGAGCAUCCCAGCACCUUUCCCUGGGUCCCUGCUUUGUCCCCAGUACCGUUUCCUCCUCCGCAGCCCCAUCUCCGGAGGGGCCACGUGCUGUGGGAAGGAUCCCAUCCUGCUCUGGGACGCUCCGUGCCCUGGCAGGGUGCAGCUGGGGCUGGCACUGCUCUGCGCUGGGCUGAGCUGUCCUGGCCUGCAAGUGCUUCUGCAACAGCCAGGAGAUCUCAAGGGGAGUUCUCAGUGGAGCAGGGAGAUGCUGCAGCACAGCAGCAAGCUGGAGCUGUGAGGAGGGGGGGAAUCUGCCACGGACUUUCUGGGGUAACCUUGGUCAAGGCAGCUUUCUCCCCGCGUGUUUUUUUUUUAACCUAAACACAACGCUGCCUUUGCUCGCUGUGCUGGUGCAGAGGCUGAUUCCCAGCACCCCGGAGGAGGGCUGCUGGCUGCUGCCACAGCACUGCACUGCAGCAGCUCUGAGCUCAGAGCUCCGGGCUCGGGGUCUCAGCCCCACUGCGGAGCUGCUGCCUCAGAGCUGGGACCACUGGGACCCCCAUCCACACGCUGCAGGUCCCCGCUUUGCUCCAUCACCCAGUGCUGAGGCCUGGGGCGAGCGGCGGGCUGCGUCGCUUUGGGGUUUUGGCACACAGGGAAUGCAAGUGAGGGGGGGGGAGGCACUCCCACGAUCCCCGCUGUUAGGGAGCACAGCACCCGGGCUGCCGCGUUUCGCCCCCAGCAGAAGGCAGGGAACACGGGGAGGAGAUGGUUGUGCCCGCCUGGGGCUCAGGGAUGGGGCCGAUGGGCGCUGGCGUGGAGCGUCCCUCCUUCCCCAUCCCUCCUCCCCACGCGCGGGGCAGCGCGGCCACGCACGGAGCCAACCAGGAGCGAUGCGAGGAGGGUCGCAGCUCAGCGGGGCAGCUCCGGACUCCCCGCUCUUCCCUCCAGACCACGCAACGGUUAAAUUCCUUUCCAGCUGAGCUGGCAAGCAGAGCCCGAGCAUAUUAGUCAGAUCCCUGUAGGGGGUGGGGAGGAGGAAGGAGCGAGCAGCGAGGAGGGGCCGCAGCCCAGCGCCGGGCUGAGCUAUUCUCCGGGGCGAGUGCGGGGAGGCAGCGCAGCAGGAGUUGCUGCUUCCCAGAAACUUGAUUAUUUUUAACCCAGGAAGAAAAAAAUAAAAAAUAAAAAAAAUAAAAAAGGAAGGAAGGAAAGCGGGGAGAUUAAAAAAAAAAAAAAAAAAAAAAAAGAGUGGGGGUAAAUCUAAAGGAACUCGAAAACACGAGGUUGGCGUCAGCACGCAGCUUUGCGGAGGGGAGAGAAGGGGCGGAGAGGUUCGGGCUGCCCUGGGAUGGGGCACGGAGCGGUGCCAACCCCAGCGGAGCGGCCCUGUGGGGUGGAGGAGACAGCAAGGUCUUCUUUCUCGCGUUGCUUAACCACGUGUAGAUGGGAGCCUGGCACUGGGCAGAGUGCAGAGGCAUCUUGGUGGUGUUCCCACUGCAUGACACUGUUGUGUUGGGUCUGAGAUGCAGAGCCCCGCAGCGGUUGUUCCAAAGCCCCGUGGCUGGAAGAGCACUGGGGGUCUUCUGCCCCACGCCCGGAGCUGCACUGAGGGCACUGGCACUGCAGUGCGGAUGGGACACUGUGCACAAAGUCCCCAGUGAAGGUCCAACCCUUUCUGACCCAAACCCUCCCCAUGUAUUUGUAUGACUGCAGCAGCUGCGCUUGGUUGGAAACUCAGUGUCUUCCAUGGCUGUAACACCAGCCCAAAGCAUUACAAGCCAUGGGCCCUUCCAGGAAAUAUCUGGCAAUCCCACACUGUGCUGCUCAGGGUGGCGCUGGGACCCCUGAGCUGCUGUUCCCAGCCCCCAAACUGAGCUCCAUGGGGAACACCACGUGAUGAAAUGUCCUAUAUCCACAGACCCCAUGUGGAAACAGGGCACGGCCCUCCCUGGGGAGGUUCUUCCAUGUUGGACCUCUGUUGGACCUCUGCUGUCAUCAGUUCUGCUCUGCUGCUGUGCCCAGAUCCUGGAUGGGGCUGGUGAUGUCCACAUGAUGGCAUCAGAACCAUCAUCUCAAAGGAGAAGAAGCCCUUAGCUUUGCAGUCACAGCCAGGACAGGUCAGAAAACGUAUUCCAUUCCACAAAGGCAGAGAGGUGACGAUGGCAAUCAGUUCAGCCUAGCCAGACCGGGUUUGGAACAGGCAGCAGGCACCCCUCGAAGUGCAGAGGAAACAAAACUCUUGACAAAGGCACUGCUGCUCUGUUGGCUCCAUGUGGGGCUGCUGAGGGUCUUCGUGCUGGUUUGGUUCCUUGGGCAACAUCACCCCAUCGUGUCCCAGCGCACCGCAGCCUCCCUGCCACCAACAGGCUCAGCAGUGCGUGCCCCAUCCCUGGAGCUGCUCGAGGCCAGGCUGGACGUGGCUCUGGGCAACGUGAUCUGAUGGUUGGCGACCAGCCCACAGCACAGGGGUUGGAACUGGAUGAUCUUUGAGGUCCCUUCCAACCGAACCAUUGUGCGACUCGAUGAAAACAUGUGGCUGACUGGGUGCAAAAGCGCCAAGCCUUCCUCCUCCCCUCUUCCUCUCCCAAACCCCAAGGGCCUGCAGUGGAGAGCUCCCCCACAGUGGCACACCCAGGGGCCCUGGGGACGGGCCAGGAACUGCUUCCACCCCACGGCUGCAGCAGGAUGGGGCUCGCAGCAUCACCCGCCCCACAGGGCUGGGAUUUGCCAGGGGGUGUUGGAUGGCAGAGGGCCCUCCGAAGAGCCCCUCGUGCUGCAGGCAGCCUAGCGCACACUGCUCGCAGGGUAUUUUUUUCUUCCUCGCUCUUUGUUAAGCUCCCUUUCAGCUGAAAUGGCAAUGCCUGGGUGUUCUGAGCUGACAAUAAUUGCUGCAGUCUAGACACUGUCUGGUAUGAGGCACGGGGAAUCAAAGAGGCCCCUUCUCUCGCAGCGACUUUCACACAUGCUCCCUUGCUUGGGCUCCUUCCUUCUCCCUCUCCCAUGUUCCCUCGGUCUUUGCCUUUUUUUUUUUUUCUUUCUCUCUUUCUUUCUUUUUUUUUUUUAAUUUUUUUAUUGCUCCCCUCUAUCUGCAUGGCACAGAGAUGGAGGAGAAGCGUCAGCAUCUUCCCCCACGCGCGCUCCCUCUCCGCCGUCUGUUCCAUGCUCCCCCUCUCCCUCUCUCUCUCCCUUUCUCAUCUGUCUCCUCUCUCUCUCCUUCCUCCACUCUUACCUUUAUACUAUUCCCUUCCUCCCAAAGUUAGCAGAGAAGGGAGAGGGUGGGGGCUGGCUCUGCCGGAGUUUAACUCCUUCCUUACCCUCUUGAAGCUCUCCCUUUCCUGCUGAGCCCUUCCUGGCUGUGGGAUCCCCUACCCACCCCAUCCCUGGUCCUACAGGAGGUGCCUGGUGAGGCUGUGCUGGAUUCAGAUGCAGUCUCAUGCCCUGAUACCAUGGGCAUGGAAUCAUCCCUUCUUGCACCAUUCCUUGGCCAACAUCAUGGCCAAUGGGAAGGGCUGUCCAUUGGGGACCCAUAGGAAGGGGCGACCAUUGGGGACCCAUAGGAAGGGGUGUCCAUUAGGGGCCCAUGGGAAGUCCCCCACGUCUCAGCAUUGCAGUGGUGCAGAGCUGGGCAGGUGCUGCAGCUCCUCCAUCACCUCCGUGCCCAACAAGAAGGCAGCCAAUGUGGGAGAUGUGGGAGAGCACCUCACUGCCACACCUCCGCUGGUGGGCACACGCAGCACUCAGGAGCAGCAGCAGCUCCCCAACCUCCAAACGCUGCUCAAAUAUUUGCUGGGGUGCAGAUGUGUCCCAGCUGCAGGGAACCCAUCGUUGCCUCUUUGGGUACUUGAGUUGCCACAGCAAGGCAACGGCAGGUCUCCAGGCAUGCACCCACACUGCUUUAGGUGCUGCCUCAGUCUGUGUGUUGUUGGCGCUUCAGUGGGAUGCCGUGUUGCAGUUCCAAUCAUGCCCAGGACUUAUUGUGCUCUAAUGCUAUUAACAGAUCGUUUCUAGCUCACUUCUGGACUCCUCUUCAUCUCUGCUCCCUGCACAAAAAGUCACUUUUUCUGCAGAGCCCAACUAAAUAGUGCUGAAUUCUCAUCCAUGCGUUUUCAUUGCUGUCAAAUGCUUUCACCGGAGGGGAAACUGAGGCAAAGCACAGGGCAGCCAUCUGCCAGCCUGCAGGUCCCCUCCGUGGGACACGGAGCUGCUCUGCAGCCCUAUUUGCACUGCCCGGCAUCUCAGUGGCGGUGGUGCUGCUCGCCUACCACGGCAAAGUCACAUUAGGAAAGUAUGCGAUGUAUUUUUAACUGUCCAUAAUGCAAUUUAGCAGCUGGAAACGAGGACGAAAGCCAACCCCGUGCGACCAGCCAGAUCUCUGCUGUCCGUGAGCGAGCGCUCGGUGCACGCAGUGUUACUCUGUCGGGUUGGGGACCUCGUUUGGGAGAAGGGCAGGGGAGGGCUGCGUCCUCAAAGCGGGUUCUGUCUCGAGCCAAGGGGUGAUGGAGCUUGGGGACCUCGCUGGGGCAAAGCAGUGCUGGUGGUGUGACAGCAGGAGAGGAGACAGCCCCAGGGGAGGGAAACAACUGCUGGAGGUCAGCGGCAGAGCCAGGAAUAAAAUCCAGGUGUGCUGAGCUGGCGCUGGGUUUGUAUUCCCGCACAUGAGUGCGUGCAACUGCUGUCCCCAGGUGCAGAGAGAGCUUCCCAAAGCCAACGGUGCGCUCCGGAGCCCCACUGCAAGCUGUGGGGCAGCAAAUGUGCAGGAUGUGGGGGGAGAGAUUUGGGGUCUCUGUUCCCUGGAGCAUCCCACACAGCGUGGCUGGGUCUGGGCCCCGCUGGAAGGAUGCUGAUAAGGCAGGGAGGUUAAAAACACUGCCUUUAUUUUGAAGCUUAUCUCCAAAUCCUAAUGAAAACAGACGAAGAGGGAAGGCAGGGACAUCGGAGAUGCAGUGGGGCUGAGGCUGGGCGGUGCUGUGCAGCAGAACGCGGCUGGGUUGGGAGUCCAGUUGGAUCCAGCAUGAGAUGCAACACAGGGGGAGUGUGAGAUUACAGGAAAGCUUUGGGGCAAACCCGAGGAGCCGGGGCACAACUCUUGGGUCCCACACAUGGGGAGAGAAAAGCUGGGGGGGGCUGCAGACCCUCUUCCUGCCCCACCAACACCCUGAAACUCAGAAUCCACUCUUAAUAAGGGGCUCAGUGAGGAAGAAAAACCUUGAAACCAAGGAAACAAGGGAAGCAAAAGGGGGGGAAAAUUCCUCUGCAAGGCGCAAUGAAGGAGGGAACGGGAACAUUUGGUGGGCUGGGAUGUCUGCUCGGCCGAGAUGUCCCAUCUCAGAGUGGCAUCAGCUGCAGCCUGGGGCAGUGCUGUAGGAGAGCGUUGGGGGUAGGAGGUGGGAGGGAGGGGCUGAGCAGAGGGCUGUGGGGAAGCUGUGGGGCGCGGAGCAGAUGCGGUGGGCUCAGUGAGGAGUGCGGCUUUGCAGACACGAAAUAACUUUCCCCUUCCUAAAGUGAUGGGGUACUGAGGGUGGGAGAAGCUCGGGGUGAGAAGCACGUGUGUGUGUGUGUGUGUGUGUGUGUGUGUGUGGCCAAACGCACACAUCGCAGCGCUUCGACUCCAAGGCUGCACCGAAGGAGACCCUCCCGUGCCACAUGUGGGUCGUUCCCCUCCAACCACCCCAUCGUUCCCCGCAGAGGGGCAGCGACACGCGCCCUCCAUCGCCGCCGUGUGCCGCGGGGCAGCGUUCGGGUGACCCACCGCAAACUAUGGCGAGGGGGGGGGGGGGGCACAACCCCAUCCGUCCCCAUUCACAGCUGCGCACCCCCAUCCCUCUCCCGUCCCGUAGCGCGGUGCCCGGCCCGGCUCGCUGCUGGGGGACCGUAACGUGAUAUUUCCCCGCGCGUCCCCCGGAGGGUUUUUUCCAUUACACGGAACGGAGCUGCCUGCUCGCCCGGCUCCCCCGCCUGCAACCUCUGGCACCGCUUUUCCAGCGGCACAUUGUGCAAAUGUAACCUUUCAGCAAAGCCACUCCUACGGCAGGAAGCCGUGGGGCCUCGGCUGCUGCCAGGAACGCAGCCGGCUCGGAGCUGGAAGGCAGCCCGUUAAUCAGAGCCGGCUGACAGCAAAGCACACAUCCUGGGCAACAGAUUUCUGCUCCCGCUCCCUCGCGCUCAGCCUCGCCUCGCCGUGCCUGCAUCGCUCCUGCUCGGCUGCUUUCUGCCAGCCCUUCUGCCUCCCCCUCCUCUUCGUCCUCCUCCUCCUCCUCCUCUUCCUCCUCCUGGGGUGUCCAGCAGGGUUUGCUCUUUGCAGGGGGGCUGUGCAUGGGGACAGGUGCCAGCCUGGGGGUCCUGCUGAGGAUGGGGGCGGGGGGGGGGUGUUCGGUGGGGCCGUCCCCCGUGCUCACAGCACCCACAGGACCUCCUGCAGACAGUGCUUGCAUCCGCCCCACAGCGCUGUACCCAUCGCCAUAUGGCAGCGCUGUGCUCAGGGUGCUGUCCUGGCUGAUGGAAAUCCAUCGUGGCUAUGGGGUGUGAGGCCGUGGGGUGUGGGGUUAUUCCAGACCCCCCGGCCCUCCCCAGGCCCUGGGGACACCCAGUCCUGUGCUGCAGCCAACUUUGGGGAAGUGCCUUUGCCCGCCUGCAGCCCACCAUCCCAACCAAACAGCUUUUGUCUGAGCUCAGACAGCCCGGCAGGGCUCUGCUUGGCUCCUACCCGAGCUUUCUGCAGGUACAUCUGCACUCGUGCCCAGGUGAAGCCCCGCCAUCGCUGUCCCCACGCAAUGGGCUCUGUAUCUUUUGCGUCUCGUUUCAUCCAGGACUUGAAACACGAAAGCGCUGCAUUGAGGUGUCUGUUUUUGUGGUGUUUCCAGCCCAGCUGGAAGCAGGAGGCACUAAAAAAUGGAGAGAUGGGGGGGGGGGAGGGGGAGAAGGAGAAAGAAAAAAUCAAUCUGGCAGUAGUCCAUCUUCCUUCCAAACCCACCGGACCCGGGAUGCUCCCACCUUGCUCAUCCCAGCCCAUCCCCGAUGGCUUUGGGGAUGCUGCACAAAGCAUGGCCCCUCUGCUGGCGUCGAGGCCGGGCUGGUAAAGCCAUCCCUGCAUUUAUUUCACCUUUUCCUCUGGUUGCGAAUUGUCCGAGAGCAGAUGGCGAUUUUCUCAAGUGUAUCCGUUAUUCGAAGUCGCUCACCGAGACAGGGAUGGCUCACACAAACCCGGCCCCCCUGCAAAGCCAUCAUUUGGUCUUUCCAUCUGCCCAGCCACUGUGUUCGGUGUGGGUUUCAGCCAGCUCCGUGGGGCAGAGCGGGACGGCACGGCCCUACACGGUCAUCCCCUUAACUACGGGACACGGAGCCGUGACGGCCAGGGCAGCUUGGGGGUGGAAAGCAAUCCCUGGAGCUGGGGGGACCCUCUCCUUAUGAGCCCCUGAAUGGGCUCCCAGGCCCAUCUGCUGCCACAUUCUGGCUGCGUUUUUCCAUUUUCCCUUCUCAGUCCUCUCCUUCUCCCCUCUGCGAAAGCAGCCAUGGGGCCGGGAGCUGCCUUGCAGGGAUGGGGCAGCGCUCUGUAACCGGAGCCCAUCGGGACCCCCUGCGCAGCCCCACGCCAGGAAUGUUGCGCCGAGGGGGGCUGCCAAGGGCUGACAAAAGGGGAACCGCUUUGAAAUGCAGCUUGCUCUUCCCCCCCCCCCCCUCCGUGUGUUAAACAAAUACCCCCCGGCUCAGGGGGUGCCUCCCUGCAUCCCACAGCCUUUUGUUGCCAAGUCUUUGUCUGGGGUGUAGAGAGAGGGGUGGGACCCCCCCAAGCCUCCCCCAGGACACCCAUGUGGAUGGGGUCUGGGAUGCUGAGCGUGGGGCUGAGAGUGGCUCAGUGCCCCAUCACAGGGCCUGGGGACACCCCCUGAGCCCCGCUGCCCACUGUCCCUCCUGUCCCUGUGUCCCAUCCCCAUGGCAUCUCACCAUAGGCGCAGCCGUUGGGUCUCCACGUGGGAACUGCCAUCAGACUGUGCCAUUCCUGCAUGCCAAUCCACAUCCAGCAUCCAGCCCCCAUAUGGGGGGGUCCAAACCCAAAGCUUGGGGGUGUUGCGGAGCCCACUGUCCCCAGCAGACAUUAAGGGACCAAGUCCCAUUAAGGGACUUGUUAUUUUGCAUCCCCAAAGGCACUUCAUGCAGUUUCCUUUCGGGGAAAAUAGUUGGGGGAAAAGCCUUUGAGAGGGGGGUUGAACAACCCCAAAAUGCCCAAGGAAAUGGCAGCGCUGUCCUCCAGCCAUCAACACCAUUAUGCCGUGCAAAAGAACCUCCUGAAUUAACCACAGGAAAGCUGAAACUCAAAAUGAACCCCUUGGAAACCAAACCCAGGCUGCUCCGACCCCCCCGUAGGCACGAAGACCACAGAAGCCCCCAACUGCUGCCCACAUCCCUCCGUGGUGCCCCAAAGGUGGGAGAUGCCCUGGGACACCCCAACCAGUGCCAGCGGGGCCGCAAUGGGAAGGCUGGGUUGGGGAUGGGCAGAACCCGUUCAUCUCACUGCUUUUGGGGGUGGGUGCGUGGGGGGAACCCCGGGGGGGCGCUCAGCCCUCCUCUGUCCACGGGAAGGCCACGGGUGAGCGCGGUGCUGUGCUGUGUCCCCGGGGAGCAGCGGCCCCGCAGCCCCGCGCCGCGCUCGUCACCCAGACAAGAGAUCAAUAACUAAUUUCACUGCAGCAGCAGCACGGGUUUUUUUCCAAUAAUUGUGAGCCGGCGGUUGGGAAUGAGGCUCUCAGCACCGCUCCACACCAACCUGCGCCCGAUCAAUCGCCGCGCCGCUGGGGCAGCAGGAAAACUCAUUUUUCUCUUUUUCUUUCCUCUCAGCCUCCUCCUCCUCCUCCUCGUCCCAUCGCUCCCUCUUUGGGCACAGCGAUUCCGGCUCCGUCCCCUCACCUGAGGGCUGUGCUGAGCGUCCCCACCUGCAGUGGCUGCUCGUCCCAUCCCGGUGCUGCCAUCCCAUCUCCUGCAGGACAGACCCUGUGCCAAGCGUAGGGCGCAGCAUCUGUCCUCAUCCAGGAGCACUGUGGAGCCGUGGCUACGGAGCCGUGCCUUUCGGUCACCAGCUGGUGCCUUUGUGUUGCCCAUACGUGUUCAGUGAUGCAGGAGGAGAUCUUUGGGAUGCUGUGGGGUUGGUCUGAUGUCGGGCAUGAGCCUCGCUGGGUUCCUCCCUCGUUAUCCAUCUCUUUAAGCAUCUGAGACCCUCAGUGCCUCAGUUUCCCCACACGUGUCUGUAACAGUGGGCACAGCUCCCUGAGCCACCCAUAGGCUCUGUGCUCCAGUCCCCAUCUCACAGGACACAGUGCUGGGCCACGAUGCCAAUCUCUGCAGUCCCAACCUCCACACACCCAGAAGGCAUUGAGGAGCACUGCGGCAUCCCCCACCUGUGUGCCUUGUCCCAGCUUGGGGUCAGUGCCAGUGGGUGCUCUGAGCCCACCCUGAGCCCCAUCCCUGUGCUGGUGGGGCAUUUCCACGUCCUUCUGGUGAACCAGCUCAUGACUCCCAUGGUUAAUGUUUGCCUUAACCCCUCUUUCCACACAUUGAUUUGUAUUUGCAUCAUGCCCUGGCCACGGUGCUCAGGAACGCAGGGUGCUUGCAGGGCUCCCCCCACGAGCAGCAGUGUCCCCCAGCCAUGGCUAAGGUCAUUCUUCAUGGGUUUCCCAGCAGCACUGGGGCCUCCAUCCUUUCUCUCCCAUUUAAUCCCAUGAAUUAAACACCGCCUUCACCGCGGAGCGCCGAGCGGUGCCGGCGUAAUGUCCAAGUUUUACGACUUGCCUUGAAGGCACCUAUCGAUUGGGGUCCUCUCUGGAUGAUGGAGCUUUUAGUGCAUCCUGGGCUGUCCGAGCAGGGCUGGAUCCUCAGCCCACGGGGCUCAGCCGCGCCGUGCCGUCACGUCCCCGUGCCCCAUCUCCAUGGGUCCCAUGGGGAGGCGGCAGGCGGGGCCCUCAGUGCCCACACGGCGCCUUUAAGAAGCCCACAACCAGCUCCAGGAACACGAGCUCAAGGUCACAGUGGGAAACCUGCGGACUUGGCAGCGAGGAGAGGAGAGGAGAGCGGGCGGAGGGGAGGAGGAGGGAGGAGGGAAGCAGCUGGGGAUAAAACCCAAAUUCUGGCGGGGAAGAGGGGACGGAGGGGAGCGGGGAGGUGAGGUGCAGGGGGGUCCCACCCAGGGGUGCCUAACUGUGGCACCUUGAGGCCCUGUGCCGCAUCCCCCGGCGCGGCACCCGGACGCCCUCUGGGAGGUUUGGGGUUACCGAAGGCACCGGGAAUGAGGCGGCUGCUCCUGGUCUGGGUUUGGAGAUGCCCGUUUUUAAUUUUCAUCAGCAGAAUUAAUCUGCGGAGCUGCUCCCCCCCCCCCCCCCCCCCCCCCUCCUCCUCCCCUCCCCUUCCUUUCCUCACUGGUUUCGACGGAGAAUUUGAUCACUUCUCCCAGGAGCUCGGCACCAUUAACAUUCACUCCUGGCGCGCACGAGCCGCGCUGCAUCGCCAAGCGCAUCGCCAGCUGUGGGCUGUGGGCUGUGGGCACCUCGACCCCCAUCAGCAGCCCCAGCCCUUGGCCUGGCACCAUCCUCACCCCCACCGAGCCGGGGAGGGGCUGCUUUAUUUCUGUGUCCGCUCCCCCGUAGAAAAAUGAAGGGCACAGCAUAGGAUCAGUGGGUGCUGCCCUUCUCCUGCUUCCAGCCAGCCUUGGGCUCGGAUCUGGAGGUGUCCGGAGGGUCGUGGCCUCAGGGUUUGCUCUGCAGCUGCUGGGACACCUGGGGCUGUCCAAUAUGAUGGAAACCAGAAAGCACUCCGGGGGUAGGAUCCAAAUCUUGCACCAUUUCACAUUUUAAGGGAUGCCAAGUGGUCACCCUGGGCUGCCCCAGAGUUGCAUAAAGUUGUGGACUUUUUUUUUCUUUAAUAAAGGUUAAUAAAGAAUUAA